GGGCCAUUUAAAUGUGUGUGAGGGAGACUGUGAAAUGGCUGCGCAGGUCGCUGCGGUGCGCGCAGUGUCCCGGGCCCCGGAGGAGCCGCCCCCGCUCCCCUCGGGGGACCGGCCCGGCCGGCCUCGCGGCGGCGGGCGGCGGCGGCGGGGCCCCCCCGGCGAGGCGGCGGGCGGCAAGCGGGCCCGGCUGAGCCAGCAGCUGCUGGCGGGGCCCGGCCCGGCGGAGCCGCUGCCCCCGGCCGCCCUGCCCGGCCUGCCUGCCGCCGCCGGGCUCUUCACCUUCUCCCCGCUCAGCCUGUCGCCGCCCGCCGCGCUCGAGGAGCGCCGCCACCACCACCACCGGCAUCGCCCCGCCGCCGGCCCCGAGCCCGGCCGCCUGGCCGCCGGGCAGCCGCAGAAGGCGAGGCGGGGCAGCCCCGCGGACGGGGCAGCCGGGCGGCCCAGCAAGCGAGAAACUCCUGAUGAAAAUGGCAAAACCCAGCGUGCUGAUGGUCUUAUUAUGAAGAAGAUAAAGAAAAAAAAGAAAAAGAAACACCGGGAAGAUAUGAGGGGAAAACGCCUGAAGAUGUAUAACAAAGAAGUGCAGACAGUGUGUGCUGGACUCACUCGCAUUGACAAAGAAACUCUGUCUCAAGGACAGUGUGAUAACUUAGAAAUGAACAAGGAAUCCUUCAGGUAUCUGAAGGAUGAGCAGCUCUGCAGACUGAAUUUGGGUAUGCAGGAAUAUCGAAUACCCCAGGGAGUACAAACACCAUUUGUGACACACCAGGAGCAUUCUGUUCGCAGCAGCUUCUUGAAAACUGGCACUAAAUUUAGUAACUUCAUUCAUGAAGAACAUCAGUCCAAUGGUGGUGCUCUGGUCCUUCAUGCUUACAUGGAUGAACUCUCAUUUUUGUCUCCAGUGGAGAUGGAGAGAUUUGCAGAAGAGUUUCUUGCGUUGUCAUUCAGUGAAAAUGAUAAAAAUGCAGCUUACUAUGCUUUAGCCAUAGUACAUGGAGCAGCUGCUUAUUUACCAGACUUCCUGGAUUACUUUGCUUUUAACUUUCCUAACACUCCAGUGAAAAUGGAAAUUUUGGGCAAGAAGGACAUUGAAACAACAACAAUUUCAAACUUUCACUCUCAGGUCAAUCGAACGUACUGCUGUGGAACCUACAGAGCAGGACCAAUGCGGCAGAUCAGUCUUGUUGGAGCAGUGGAUGAAGAAGUUGGGGACUACUUCCCAGAAUUUCUAGAUAUGUUAGAAGAAUCUCCAUUUCUCAGAAUGACUUUGCCCUGGGGUACUCUUUCUAGUCUCAGACUUCAGUGCAGGUCACAAAGUGACGAUGGUCCCAUAAUGUGGGUGAGACCAGGAGAGCAGAUGAUCCCAACAGCUGAUAUGCCAAAAUCGCCAUUCAAACGGCGCCGGUCAAUGAAUGAAAUAAAGAAUCUCCAGUACCUACCUCGGACCAGUGAGCCCCGUGAGGUUCUGUUUGAAGACAGAACAAGAGCUCACGCUGAUCAUGUGGGUCAAGGGUUUGACUGGCAGAGUACAGCUGCUGUAGGUGUUCUGAAGGCUGUACAGUUUGGGGAAUGGAGUGACCAGCCUCGUAUAACCAAAGAUGUGGUUUGUUUUCACGCUGAAGAUUUCACUGAUGUUGUGCAGAGACUUCAGUUGGACCUGCAUGAACCUCCAGUGUCACAGUGUGUUCAAUGGGUGGAUGAAGCCAAACUAAACCAAAUGAGACGGGAAGGCAUUCGCUAUGCUAGAAUUCAGUUGUGUGACAAUGACAUCUACUUCAUCCCUAGAAAUGUCAUUCAUCAGUUCAAAACAGUGUCAGCAGUCUGCAGCUUAGCCUGGCACAUAAGACUUAAACAAUAUCACCCUGUCGGGGAGACUUCUCAAAAUGCAGAAAGCAAUUCAAGCUUGAACAGUAGUGUUCCUGGAAAAACAGAGUCAGAAGGUGAACCCCAGUGUGUGAGUGUAAAAAUAGAGUCUGAAGAACCAGGUAUAGAAAUGCAGCUUACAACAGGGGUGCUCUCCUCCUCUGUUUCUUCAAUAUCAGGACUUGUACAACCAGAUCAGGCGGCCCAGCCCCUUCCAGGUUUUAAAAUAGAGUCUGAUCAGCAACACAAUCCACAGGAUCAUGCAGGCUCUUCUGUGUGAUAUGUAUAUAAUCAAACAUUUUUUUAACAACUUUUUAAAAUUUUGAUGUGAAGUUAUAGUUUUAUA